CUUGAAAUCUACCAGUCAGCUACGAUUUUACCAUCCUAUCUUUCAUACAUAGGUAGCUAAAAUUUCUAGCUCUAUUUUUUCCUCGUCCCCUUUUUUUCUUCUCUCGACUUCCGAGUACCACGUUUAUACACUCUCCUUUUUUCCUCAUUAUGAUAAAGCAGUAUUGAUAGUCUCAAUAUUUCAGGAGCAGAACGAUUAUGAGCGUCCUAUGUGCCUUAACCAAUUCGAUGUUCUAACCGAACGGAACGAAGAGCGACUCCCUUGAGCAAACCGAACAAUACUUGGAAAAUCUGCGCAGUUACCGCCGUUACCUAUGUUUGCCCUUGAUAACAGCCCGCCCUACAAGCUCGACUAUGUCGCCAGGAUCGUCCAGAACCUUUCGAUAAAAACUACAUUGUUCCCAUAGUCGUUCUAAAAAUAUCUCUUUCGAUAUACAUGCCCAAGUAUCAGCUGCGCGCAAAUUUGUUCGACCCCGUACUUCGGCCCCGUGUGAACCACACGCCAUCCCUCCUCCUCCUUCGUCGCGUCGGCCGACUCUGCUGCAUCCGCAUAGCUAGAGUUCCACUAGAGUUCCAAUAUGGCUGUUAGCCCGGAAGACCUCAAGGCUAAAUACGCCGACGGACAGAAAAAUGCGCAGUUUAAGGACUUCAUCUCACAGCCGGUGGUCGCUGCUUUCUGCGCUGGUGGUGUUGCCGGUGCGGUGUCGCGAACCGUCGUGUCCCCCCUCGAACGCCUAAAGAUCCUCUUCCAAGUACAAAGCGCCGGUCACAAUGAAUACAAGUUGUCAGUGGGUAAGGCACUUGCCAAGAUGUGGAAGGAAGAAGGUUGGAGAGGCUUCAUGGCUGGUAAUGGAACCAAUUGCAUUCGCAUUGUCCCCUACUCUGCGGUGCAGUUCGGUAGUUAUAACCUCUACAAACGGCAUUUCUUCGAGAAGUACCCCAAUGCCCCUCUAAGUCCUCUCGAGAGACUUUUGUGUGGUGGCAUUGCAGGAAUUACCUCCGUCUUUUUCACAUACCCGCUUGACAUCGUGCGAACCCGACUAUCCAUCCAAUCGGCGUCAUUUGCUGCGCUUGGCAACACAUCGAAAGAGAAGCUCCCGGGUAUGUGGACUACAAUGGCUGUGAUGUAUAGGGACGAGGGUGGUAUAUCUGCAUUGUAUCGUGGUAUAAUACCUACAGUUGCGGGUGUAGCUCCAUAUGUGGGAUUGAAUUUCAUGACGUACGAAUUCGUCCGCAAAGUUCUCACGCCCGAGGGUGAUCAGAAUCCUAGUGCAGCACGGAAGUUGCUGGCCGGAGCUAUAUCUGGCGCUGUUGCUCAGACAUGCACGUAUCCAUUCGACGUUUUGCGUCGAAGAUUUCAGAUCAAUACUAUGUCUGGCAUGGGCUAUAAAUAUAAGUCGAUAGGAGAUGCCGUCAGAGUGAUAUUAUCUCAAGAAGGGCCACGGGGCUUAUAUAAGGGUCUAAUUCCGAACCUGCUCAAGGUCGCACCUAGCAUGGCCGCCAACUGGCUGAGCUUUGAAGUCACCCGGGACUUCUUAGUCGGGUUGAAGCCGGAACCAGUAGUUUUAUAAAUGGAGAGGAAAGGAACUGGAUCGUAGCUGGAUACGUUUCAUUUCUGGAUUACGUCCGAACUGUACUUGACUACCUUUAGAUAUGCAGUGUUGCUAUCAGAAUUUCCCGGUGGAAUAGCGUCGAUGCACUAGCUAGAAUACGGAAUACCGGAUGAUAUACGUUAAAAGGGGGACUUGGUAGAUCAACGAACAUAGAGGGACCUAGAGGUUCUUGAUUUAGGUGGCAGCGGUGGUGGUGAGCGAUACAAAACAGCUCAAGACACGUCCUGUCAUAUAUCAUAUAUGUCGAGGAUGGCCUAUGUAUUUACCAUGAGGUCUUUUCCCCAAAGAUAUAGCUGUAAGACAGUAUUUUGUAUAGAACAAUAAAAUAAAUUUGAAAGUAA